CGUCCGCAGCAGCCCGCGCUCCCUCGCCCCCGCCCCCUCUGGACCCUCCCCCAGUCGCCGCGGUCUGGCAGCGCCUGGCCGGCGGCCCGCAGGCGGGCCGCCCUCUCCGCCCGUAGCCCACCCCCCUCUUAAAGCAGCGGCGGGAAGAUGAGGUUUCGGGAGCCACUUCUAGGCGGCAGCGCCGCGAUGCCCGGCGCGUCCCUGCAGCGGGCCUGCCGCCUGCUCGUGGCCGUCUGCGCGCUGCACCUCGGCGUCACCCUCGUCUAUUACCUGGCGGGUCGCGACCUGAGCCGCUUACCCCAGCUGGUCGGAGUCUCCACAUCGCUGCAGGGUGGCUCGAACGGCGCCGCCUCCAACGGGCAGACCUCCGGGGAGCUCCGGCCCGGCGAGGCCCGACCGCCGCCUCCUUUAGGAGUCUCCUCUGAGCCUCGCCCGGGGCUCGACUCCAGCCCUGGUGCAAAUUCUGGCCCUCGUCUCGCGGGUAACUUGACUUCGGCCCCAGUGUCUUCCACCUCAGCACUGUCGCUGCUUGCUUGCCCUGAGGAGUCCCCGCUGCUUGUUGGCCCCAUGCUGAUUGAAUUUAACAUUCCUGUGGAUCUGGAACUUUUGGCAAAGAAGAACCCAGAGGUAAAGGUGGGCGGCCGUUACACCCCCAAGGACUGCAUCUCUCCUCACAAGGUGGCCAUCAUUAUUCCAUUCCGCAACCGGCAGGAGCACCUCAAGUAUUGGCUGUAUUACUUGCACCCAAUCCUGCAGCGCCAGCAGCUGGAUUAUGGCAUUUAUGUUAUCAACCAGGCUGGAGAUACCAUGUUCAAUCGCGCAAAGCUCCUCAAUAUUGGUUUUCAAGAAGCCCUGAAGGACUAUGACUACAACUGCUUUGUGUUUAGUGAUGUAGACCUCAUUCCGAUGGAUGACCACAAUGCCUACAGGUGUUUCCCACAGCCACGGCACAUUUCAGUUGCAAUGGACAAGUUUGGAUUUAGCCUACCUUAUGUUCAGUAUUUUGGAGGUGUCUCUGCUCUAAGUAAACAACAGUUUUUGACCAUCAAUGGAUUUCCUAAUAAUUACUGGGGCUGGGGAGGAGAAGAUGAUGACAUCUUUAACAGAUUAGUUUUUAGAGGCAUGUCUAUAUCUCGCCCAAAUGCUGUGAUCGGGAGGUGUCGCAUGAUCCGCCACUCGAGAGACAAGAAAAAUGAACCCAACCCUCAGAGGUUUGACCGAAUUGCACACACAAGGGAUACAAUGCGCUUUGAUGGUUUGAACUCACUUACCUACCAUGUGUUGGACGUACAGAGAUACCCAUUGUAUACCAAAAUCACAGUGGACAUCGGUACACCAAGCUAGCAUCUUGGUACAAAUUAAGGACGUGAAAAUGGCCAGAGACCUCUGCUGUUUCUCGGCCAGUCUGCUGGGCUGGUCCCUCUCAUUUGUACAAUCUGAGUGAUAGGUCCCCUCACUCAUCAUUCAGAUGCCUUUCCAGAUGACCAGGACAAGUGGAAUAUUUUGCCCCCAACUUGGCUCGGCAUAUGACUUCUUAGCUGUACAAGGUGUUUGUCAGUGUAGACUGUCAGCAUUUGGGUGCUUCUUGACAUUUUCACAGUGACACCCCAAAGAGUCAGAACUGUGCACAGUUCAGAAUUUGUAGACUGUGUGGCUUGUUCCCACUGAUAAAAUGGCUAAAUUGUGAAAUGGGUAAGAAUUUUUGCUUUAAAUUGUGGUGAAUUUCAUGAAUUACUUCAUGAAAAAUUAGAAACUGCUGCUGAAAUUGGAUUGAUAUAUUUUUGAACAAUGUUUUAACAGAAAACACAAAAUUUCAACCAGUUUCAUGUUAUCCACCCCAUUUCUUUUCAGUGGUAUGCAACUAUUACAAUCACUGUGUGUGUGUGUGUGUGUGUGUGUGUCUUAGCAAAAGAAUUUUUAAACUUGAGCCUUGAACCUUUUGUCCUGCUAAUGUGUGAAUUCCAAGGUAACUUUAGCCAUCAGAGCAAAACCUUGGGUGUUCUCACUUACAGUGGCCUAUCUCCAGAUUGUCUGGUUUCUGAAUGUAAAGAUUUUUUUUUUUAAGCAGCUUGUAUUUUAAAGAAAGAAAAAAAAUUGAGUUCUAAUUAUGAUCUAGCAUGAUUUUGUGUUGAUCCAAAUUUGCAUAGCUGUUUAGUGUUAAGUCAUGACAAUGUAUUUUUCUGGGGAUGCUAUGUAAACUUGAAUUUCCUAUGUAUUUUUAUUGUGGUAUUUUAAAUAUAGGGAGGAAAUUGAGCAUUUUGGGGGUGGGAUUGGGCGGGGAUUAUAUAUGCUGUUAUGGCCUCAAAUGGGCCUCUGAUUUAGCUGGCAGGCCAGGUUUUAUGAAGAGCAAAAUCACCUUCAGUCUCUUGCUGAGGGCUACACCUCCCAGUCAGCAUUAUCCUGCCAGACUUCUAGUGCAAAGACCUGGGAGUCAGCCUCUGCCUACCUGACAGAACUCCUUACCCCACCCACCCUCCCCAGGUGGGCUGGGCGGAGGGAACCUCAGCCUCCUCCGACAGACCCCUCAGGGCCCUAGGCUGUGGGACUGUAAAAAACUGCAGUCAGGUUGUUUACCAUCCCUUAGCUCCACCCCAGCUGGAGGGACCUUCUGUUCUGGCAGGGCGGCCUCCGAGAGCCUCUGCCACCACACUCCCUGUCCCACCCUGCAUUACCGGUUCUCCUCCUCCUUCCCCUGCCUCUCUUACACUGCCCUUCUUUCCUUCCUCUCCCAUUUUAUUCCUUGCCUCUUGCCUGCUCCCCAAAACUUGCCUGUGGCACUCAGGGUCAAACAGACUAUUCAUUCUCCAGAAUGACUGUGCCUUUUAAUUAGAAAUUUAGAAAGUUCAUCUGAACCCACACCUUGUCUCCUCCUGAGAACUCUGGUGCCUAAAGCCUCCUAUCCCCCCUCAGGGUUUUAGCAGGUGCUCCCACCCCCAUGAGGUUAAUCCACAGGGGAGUCUUUCAGGAAUGCAGGCCUCUGCUGGGGGGAUGUGUAGUCACCUGGGUAAGACGGCAAGAGGCACUUCCUACCAUAGAGGCCUUUGCCAGGUCCAGCUUGGGCUGAGGUCCUAAGGUUUAGUUGCCAGGGUUGAGCCCUUUGUUAGUGGCAGCCAGGACCUCAAGCAUUGCCCUCCUGGAUACCUGCCCUGAGUUUGGAGGCUGAGCUAUGCUUGGCCCUAUCCUACCUGUGCCUUUAUCGUUUUUAGCAUCUCAGAUGCUAAAUUUUUUUUUUCCCCAGACACCUUUGUAUGUGUUAGAACUUACCUUCCUCUGCAGAAGCACCUGGGCUAUGCAAAAAGUAUUCCUUGUCAUUCCCCAUGCCUUAAUAAGGAAAUUAUUAAAACUGAGACUGAUUGUACUGAGAGUUUUUUGGGAAAUGCAGAGAGGUCUUUUCUGUUUCCAGAACCUGACUCUUCCAAAGUGCCUUAAGAAAAAGGAGACAAAUGCUCUGAGUGGCUACUUCUUUGUUACUUCCUUCACUCUUGAACAAAAUUCCACCUCCCCCACCCUUCUUUUCUUCCUGUUACAUUUUCAUCCAUAUCAAGUAUGUGUUUCAUUCUCAGAAACAAUGGAAAAUUUGCUUCUCUUGUCUCCCCCACCACACACACACACAUGCUGACCUUCCAGUGCUCUGAGCCUCAUCCCUUCUCCCUCCAGACUAAAGGCAUUACCAGAGGCAUGCCUUGCAUGGUGUCCUUUGUCCUCCCUUGAGACUCCAGGGCUGAGGGUUCUGGAGAAUUUCCUUCACCUGGGAGUUACCACCAUGAGUUGUCAUGCUGUGCCUUUCUUUAAGUCUGUAAAUCCUGUGGCUAGUGAUCCUGUGUCAAAUGGCCUUUAGGGAUGAUCAGAGGGCAGAAGUGUCACAGGAGAGUAAAGGAAAUGCUGUGCUUGCCUUCAGCCUGGGCAGGGUCUCUGUUACCCCUGGGGCUGGGUAUGGGCUGUCCUACACAGCCAGGAUGACAGUUUUCAUAUUCUAAAGACCUGUUGUGCUGUGUACUUUGAUUUUCCAUGUAUGCAAAUGCUUCUAUUUACCACUGGGAGAGGCUGUAUCUGAUUUUGGUGUUCCGAACAAACAACUGUAUUUUUGCCUUUGAAAUCCAAUAAUAUAACAUGAAUAAAUGACCCUAUCUUUGUAA